GCGGCAGAUUACACAGAUUACGCCGAUUACAUUUGUACUCGGCGCCGCGGACGGUCGUUUCUUUUUUCCGGGAAGAGCCCACGCUGCCGCCACCUUAUCCCCUCCCGUCAGUCGCGCGCUCACGGGUACACGGUCUCGGAGAGGCCGUCUUGGUGAACGCGAACGGCCGCGUCAUCGGGUUAACCUGGCCAUUUCGGAAGAAUCAGCCGGAACGUGCCGGGGAACGUAUCGAACGACGACGACGUUCCGAUGCUCGGCACCUUCGCGUCGCGUACGGACGGAGUGGCGUCUCGGACACCGACGGGCGUCGCGCGACGGACUCGGUCGGCGACGGCCAGCCAGCGAUUGACCUCUCUCCGAGCCCCGUGCUCUCGAAAAGGCGACGUUUCGCCGAUAUCUGGAUAGGCCGGCCACGUGAAGAGGAGGUUGCGUUAGCGCGAUACGGGGGGGACUGGCGCAAGGAUUAAGUAAUCGCACUCGUCCGACAGCUCGAUACGUGUUAUGACAGCGGCGGCGGCGGCGGCUGUCACCGCGAAGCUCAUCCGGGGGUCCCGAGUGUAACCGCUCGCACUGGUGCGCACCUCGUCGGAGGCGCAGCUCGGAUGUCUUCGCUCGGUAGACUCACCGAGCGCUGCGCGAGAAAGGAUCACAAGGUGUCCUGAAGUGAGAGACGGCGGAGGAGAUGCGAAGGCUAUGGAACAUCGAGAGGAAGGAAGAGUCGGUCGUCAUGUUGAUAUCUUAGGAACACUCCUCUGAUGGGGGAAUCCGCUCGGGUCGUACCGCGGCGAUGCGGCGGAUUCCGAGAAUAACGGGCACCGACUGAGCUGAGAGAGACGGCUUGGAGAGCCUCUUGAACGGAGGAUAUUCGUCGAGGGAUCGCGAUGUGACGUGUGUGAACGCGCUAACGUACCUCUCGUGACUGAUCCUCGGCGGUGAUCAGCUGAAACCGUUCGAAGGUGUUAACGCUACUCACCGGGUGUCUCGUUCGAGGAGCAGCGGUGUAACGGACGAUGAGUGCGAACAGUCGAGCAUGGAACUGAGGCAACGACCGGGCGAUCUCCGCGUGUUCGCUUGAGAGAGAGAGGAGUAUGUUCUAACGAAAACCGCGAGUCAGCCGGAGAAGAGCCGAGAAAGCUGGACGCGAAGACCGGCAUGAGCAACGGCGAGGAAGUGGUGACGGGUUCCGGCAGCGAUCGCCUCUGCGAGGACGUCGACAUGGCGACCCCGACGUCAGCGUCAUCGAACCUGAAGCCGCGGAGCGGCAAGAUCAGCUUCAGCGUCGACGCCCUGCUGAGCGGCACGAAGAAGAGUGCGAUCGGCGGCGGCGCGUUCGCGAGCAGGCGCGACAACGACGACGCGAGGUUGGACGCCGAGAAGAGCCUCGAGAUGGAGAGCAGGUAUCGCGAGCUGCUGAUGGAACAGCAAAGGCUCCAGAGCAGGGAGCUGCUCGCGAGGCUGAGUCCGCACGGGCUCGCCGGCUUCGCCAAUCACCACCAUCACCACCACCCGAACAGGCUGGAGCAGGAGCAGCGGCAGGAGAUGCUGACCGUGAAGGACUUCUCCCGGGCGAGCCACGACAAGUCCUCCUCGCCGAUCAGGAUAGACCCGGAGAUCCCGAGGGACGACCACCGUAUGUCGAGCAACUCGCCGAUCGGCGAGACGAUGCUGCAGCGGGAACACGAGCGCAUACAGGAGGAGGACGAGAGGAUCGACAGGAUCACCAACCCGAGGUCCGUGUCGCCGGCGAGCAGGCGGGAGAUCCUCGACGACCGCAGCGACUCCGAAGCGAACCGCUCGCUGGAGGGCGACCGGACGACGGACCACCUCGACCUGGAGGACCAAGAGAUCAGGAGUGUCGGCCAGUCCGAGGAUCUCAACGUCAUGGACUCGGAUUGCGAGCUGGAGCGGGAGCUCGAGACCGGCCAGGAGAAGGAGGAGAAGUCCAGCCCGGUAGUGCCUCAACCGAUACAUCCCGGAGUGCAAAGGCCGUCGCAGGGCCCGCCGUAUCUCGCACCCGGCGCUCCCGGCUGGAAUCCCGCAGGAUUUCCGCAUUCCCUCGCGGGCUUCGCGUGGCUACCCCCACCCCCGCACCCGCACAAUCCUCACGGACAUCUUUACACGCCGCACGGCGGACCUACCAGCCCGAACGGGGACCUGAGGUUGCCGGGGCCCGGACCAGGCCCGGUGAGAUGCACCCUCCGGAAGCACAAGCCGAACCGAAAGCCACGAACGCCGUUCACGACUUCGCAGCUGUUGUCGUUGGAGAAGAAGUUUCGCGAGAAGCAGUACCUGACGAUAGCCGAGAGAGCGGAGUUCUCGAAUUCCCUUCAGCUCACGGAAACGCAGGUGAAGAUCUGGUUCCAAAACCGACGGGCCAAGGCGAAGCGGCUGCAGGAAGCGGAAAUCGAGAAGCUAAGACUAUCCGCGAGACCCCUCUUGCACCCGAGUUUCGGCUCGGGGCUCAUGUUCUCCGGGGUAGGUCCUCCGGGUACCCCUGGAGUGCCUCCCUUCAUUGCGGCUGCCAUGGCCAGGCACACUCACGCCGCGGCGGCGGCGGCCAUGUUUAUGGGACCGCCUGGCCAUCGACCUUAAUAACGGCACGAGUCACUCUCGACAUCGUCGUGUAACGAUCUGACAACUCGUUCGCAGACCGAGACUCCGAUGAUGCGAAGUCUGUGAUCCCGAAGAAGCUAAGAGAAUCCAGAGACUGAGGACCCGGUGAUUCAAGAAUCCAAGGAGCAACAAAUCCGAGGACUAGAGUCCGAAGAACCUGAAGGAUUCGAGAAUCGAAAGUGAAAUUCAUGGAGAAUUGCGAAGUCGAGGAGGGAGGAACGGAGAGAGAGAAAGUCGCACGCGACAUUGUGAUCGAGGAACUUGAAGAAUCCGUGAUCUGUGGGCUGGGGCAGCGAGAACGGAACUUGAAAAGUCCGUCAUCGAAGAAUCGAGGGCUGGAAAGCGGGGGUUCGAAGACCUCGAGAUCCAAGAUCCUGGAGAACACGAAGAUCGAAGGAUCGGAGAGCCGAUGAGUGAUCCAUAAGUCACACCUAGUAUCAUAGCGACACUUAGGUAACAUCACGCUGUUGAUUCCUGCGAGUGACCUCCCUUUAAAGUCAAGGAGAGGACCAUCCGAGAGUUCUUGGUUACUCUUGUUCGUUAGUUCGACCUCUGACCAAUCGUUCGAUCGGCCACUCUCCUACGGAAUCGCCGAGAACAUUGGGAUCCACCACGUUUAGCGGAUGGAAGUCGAAAUUGGCCGGGAGCGGUGCUCGCGCGCGUUAACCGUCUUAUCGUCCUGCGAUCUACGGAUAAUCGAAAUUUCAACACGGAAAGCGAGCGGGGAGCAACACCGAAGCUGUCGGAGAAAUCUGCAACUCAAGGAGGCGUCCUCAUAACUUUUCCCGACGAACGAUAUGUGGAAGGGACACGUGUCGGCGUCCAAACACGACGGACGCUCCCGGCGCUUUGAUCUCAAGAGAAACGACGCAUCGAUGUAUAUAGUGUAAAUAGGUACCGCGUUCGUACGGUAAUUAGUGGGCGUGUACGUAUGUAUAUACACACGUGUACAGGACUGGCUGCGAUUUAGCCUCUCGCGAAGAAUCGCGAAGGGCUAAGUGAGUGUGCUCGAGGGAUGUUAAUUUUAACGAGUCGGAAAGACCGCGCUGGAAAACCCGGCACGAAAGAGAGAGAACCCUCGUGUUCCCGGAUUUAUUUUCGAUAUGGACCGCAAGAUGAGCGCGGAUGACGCGAGCAUGCGAGGUACGUUCAAGCAAUUCCGAGUCUGAGAAUAUUCGAAGGAGAGUCGACACCGGGAUAAUGUCAUAAACAGUCAUCUCUCUGAAAACAAUUCCGCCGUGUUGCGAGAUCCACUUAGGCGUUCCUCGAAACUUUUCAUUUCAAUUCUUUCGGAGUAUCGAUGAAGGAAGAAAAAAAAAGAGAGCGAAAAGUCGCGGAGUAAAAUUUCGAACAAAUAAUAUUAGGGGUGUAUCAGCGAACGUUUCCAGUAGUCGUCGCGCGUAAAGAGAACGCCAAUCUCUUUCUCCCAAGACUAUAUUCCGUCAAUAACCUCAUUUAACCCAGGAAUCUUUCGGACUUGUUGAAUUUUCCAUGCGCGCUGAGAAGAGACGAGAGGUGAGAACGCGUGUAAAUUACGCGUGUAUCAGCGUGUACCAAGGGAGACGGAAUCGUUCCAUAGGCAGUCGAAACUAAUGUUACGAAUACGGCGAGGUUCUAGAUGUACCUAUGCGCCCUGUAUAAAUGUAAGAUGAUAAUUUAUCCA